UUGAGAUUCUAGGUUCAUUUCCGAAAAUGGAGUAGGGCUUGGGCACUACGUGUGUUUUUAUCGCCCAUAAGGUUGUAGUUUUCCGCAACUGAAUCAGCUUAUUCCCGUCAAAAUGAUGACAUAUCUGGAAAUAAAUUGCACUUAAUCAGUAAGCUGUAAAGAUGGCAUACAAGCCUAUAGAAAAUCUGAAAGGUCAUGUGAGAAGCAGGCCCCCUGUUGUCAUCUUCAUUGCUUGUAUGUUCUUGUUGGCUCUGUCGCUCAUCAUACUGGGUUACUAUUUCCAGCAUGAUGUACCAAACUAUGAUAUAUCAGAGGACUGGAAUUCCUUCCUUGAAGAGUUAUCGUCGGUGGACUUCUGCCUUGCUCUGAACACAUCGACCGUUACCUCAGCCGUUUCUACAGUGAAGACAAACACUUUGGAUAACACGUCAAUUUCUUUGACAACAGACCCCUUCCCAGUGGGUGACUAUGAAGAAGACUGGGCAAUGAAGAGAAAUGUGUCUGUGUCUGUGAUGCUGAUGAUCGACCCAUCUGUCCACAUGGCCAAAACAGUCGCAAAUAUCACCAUGAUGUCAAGUUUAGUUCCUGCCUCUAUGCUAGGCGUAAAAGGUUCAGAGGAGAUGAUCAGUGUACAGUUUGAAUUACCCCAGCCCCUGAAGCCAGAACAGUGUAAAGACCCUGCGACAUGUCAGAUUGCAGUGCAGACAUGCCUUGUGCUGAUUGGCUCACCUUCAGUUUUCCCCUCCACCAAACAACCAGUAUCGUGUAAUACCACCGACUCACACCACGAGAACAGCACAGCCUGGAUGAAUGUUCGACCAACAGGUCGCGCUCCAAAAAGCUGGUGUAAACAUGGAGCAGUGGCUCAUGCAAAACAUAAGUUUGAUCCACGCCUUACUGUCAUGCUGAGCUCGGCCGAACAGUCAAUCAUCAACCUGCAUCUGAUGUACACCAGUUACUUCAUGUUUGUUAUGGUUAUAAUGUGGGUUUGCUAUGCAUUAGUAAAAGGACCACCGACAAAGAUGAGGAAUGUGCACAACACUGGAAUAGAGAAAAAGUCACAGCCAAAUGUUUGAAGUUGGAUUACCAUGACUGGUAAAUGACCGUGUUUUCCACUGGCUGCAUUUUCGAGAUUGAGGCAGAAGAAAGGACAGAAAUCAAUGGAAUGAUACGUAGUAUUACUGUGUGUUGAUUCCAGGAUCAUCUAUGAAUAUAUGGGGUGGUUUGGGGUUAGUAGAGGGAGUUAGUCUGUGUUGAAGGUAGACGUUUUUUAUACAAGCGUUAUGGUUUUAGAAUAUAGCUAAGAUUUUUUUUCCUGCUAAAAAAAAUCCCAAACGAGAGAGGAAUGUAACGAUGGCAUAUGUACAUGUGUUUGUGGUUUGAAUGGAAAGUGAUUGUUAUAAACUUAAUACAACUUCACCAAAAUGCAUUCCAAUACUGAAUACAUGUACAUAGUACCUCACAUGAACAUAUACCACGGUUAGAUGGGCCGUUGAAUGGUCGACAUCACUCUUGUAUAUAAAUGUACAUGUACCGAGCUUAUGUGAUGUAUGAGAGGAAAGUCACGGGCAGAACUCGCCCGAUCCCGUCAUAAUACUGUAUUGAUAUCAGGAAUUCAUGCAGAUAAAGUUUCGAUAUUAUGAGCUCCUGUUAAUAAGCUUUGUAGAUACUGAAUCGUUCCUGGAAUGUGUGUUGGUUUCAGAGCGCCUAUUACUGACGUUGCCUAUCACUGACGUUGAGAGUACUUGCUCUUUCGUUUACAUCACAUGUAUCAAUUUGUAUCACAAUUAAGUGCGUGUAGGCUUUAAUUUGCGUAUGGUUUUGAGAACUGUCUCAAAGUUGUUGCGAUCCAGUACGAAGCGUUAAUGUACGUGAAAUUUAUUUGUUGCUUAAAAAGCUGAAAGUGUUCCUGCUACAUUCCAGAAAUUUUGAAUUUGCGAAGCAGACAGGUCGAAAAGAUGUUUUUUUUUUGUAAAAGAAAACCUGUGUUUUUGUUGAAAUUGACUCAUCUCGUCGUGUAAUGUACAUGUACAUAUAUUUGCAGCAUGUGGACAGAGUAUCAAAUGCCAGGGGGGGAGCAUGUUGCGAUCCAUGGUUGCUUAAAAGGCGAGGCAGUCAAAACGCGUUGAGUUCUGGCUUUGUUUCCCUGACUCCGUGUUACUGCGAGAAUGUUUUCACCGAAAUGAAGGAAUGUGCGAUUCCCCCUUUUUCCUCAGCUGCUGCAGGUCACUGUCGGGCGCAGUUCUAGGGGAUGGGGCUUACCCCUAAACGUUUGUCUAUAUAGACAAAAAAAAAACACCCAAAAAUGAACAAGCAGUAGCGACAGUUAAAAGACGAAGUCACGUGCAAAGGGUCAACCCCCCCCCCACACACAAUUGGCUCUAGAACCGCACCUGGUUACUGUCAAAUUCUAUGGAAGAUCGCCAGGCGGCAUCAGAAUAGCACCUUGGCAACUUGCAUCUUUUCAAGCAUGUGCAACAAACAUAUAAAUGAACAUUACCUUCUUUAAAUUGAUACCGAAUUUCGUGAUCUGUAAUGAAAUACAGUUCUGCGCUAUACAUGCAUGUACCUACACGUUGUGUUUUUGUAGUAGUCUCAACCAUAGAUGAGUUACGUGCGAUGAUGUUGACUCACCCGAUCAAGACAAUGAUAGCACUCGACAGGUUUUAUCAGAUAUUUUCUUGAUUUAUAGGGAUGACACCUUUGUGCCUGUAGCUUUUGAAUAUUAUUGUUGAAAUUGCGUAUGUAUAUUUGUAUUAUUGUUCAUUGUAAAUAGCUCAUAUUGUGAUUCGCUACAAAAUGAUUGUGACAGUUGUUAAAUUGAAAGUGAACGUAAGUAGGUCUUAAAGGAAAAGAAAUUAAAGACACUUCGUAUACAUGUACUGUACAUGUUAGCAGUAAAGUGUGAACAUGUAAGAGAGACGACCACAUUCAGUCAUUCCUAACAGGAAGUCAAAAUCGCGAAAAUUCUAUUAAUCGCUUUCAAUCUUGGGUAAAUACCGGUAUGACAGUCCAGGAUAUGUGUAUGGUUUGCUUAAUUAUACCCUAGUUGGAAUGGGCAUACUAUAAAUCCCUCACUGGAACAUCUGCAGGGCUAAACCGACGGGGUUUGGCUAGAUAAUUCACCGAUAAGUUUUUCUUGAUCUUGUCUGUUCUAUAUCAGCUAGGUUUAGGAGAAAACUUUUAUACGCAACAAGCGUGUAGGGCCUAGGCCUACUUGGUAAAAUACAUAUAUAUCCCUCGGGGAAGUCAAAUUCAGUGCGUUAACCAUCUACGCUAAUUAUCACUACCUGAAACACAAUAAGUAUUUUCAGAGUAAAAUAUAUUUCGAAACUGCUGGAAAAAUAUGAAAUACCGCUCAAGGCUCAAAGCACCUGCGAUCAGCACUUCCCUAUACAGUUCACUGGAUCGAAUUUGAUCUGUUUUAUGCUCGUCUCAUCCACUGCUUGCUGUAAAAACACAUCCUUUCUCAGUGUUAGAGAAAGGGAGUGUGUUUAUUAGUGCGGAACGUUUUGCAGAGGAUCAUACAUGCAUUUUGUACAAAUUUUGUUAAAUUCCAUUGAACAAAGAACACAGCUUUUUGGGAUUUCAUGUCGCAGAUUAAGGUAAGUUUCUGUUUCGAAGAGAACAUUGUUGUGUCUAUACACUGUA